UCGGCCGCUUCCGGUCGUCGUCGUCGCCGCUGCCGCUGCUGCUGCUGCUGCUGCUGCUGCUCGUGCUGCUGGCGCUGCGGGAGGCCGGAGGAUCGGCGGCGGCGGCGGCGGCGGCGGGAGCGGAGCGGGGCCGGCGAGCGAGAGCCAGCGAGCGAGGAGCGAGCGCAGCACGCCCGGGCCCGCCGCCGCCGCCCGCGUCCCCGCGCGCCGGACAAAGCCCCGCAGCCCGCGCCCGGAGCCAUGUCCUCGUCGGCCGGCAGCGGCCACCAGCCCAGCCAGAGCCGCGCCAUCCCCACGCGCACCGUGGCCAUCAGCGACGCCGCGCAGCUACCUCAUGACUAUUGCACCACGCCCGGGGGGACGCUUUUCUCCACCACGCCGGGGGGCACACGGAUCAUUUAUGAUCGAAAGUUUCUUUUGGAUCGUCGCAAUUCUCCGAUGGCUCAGACUCCGCCCUGCCACCUGCCCAAUAUCCCGGGAGUCACUAGCCCUGGCACCUUAAUCGAGGACUCCAAAGUAGAAGUAAACAAUUUGAACAACUUGAACAAUCAUGACAGGAAGCACGCAGUUGGGGAUGACGCUCAGUUCGAGAUGGACAUCUGACUGGCCUGCUCGUCUCGGCGGGAGAGCAGCAGCAGCACCUGUGUGAGCCUGCCCUGGCCUCCAGCUCGCGGGGAGAGCAGUGCCAGCCGUCCUCCCCGCGGCCGCCCCCUCCUCCUCCAGUGCCAAACCAUGCGAGGAUGAGCUUCAGCCGACCCUUCCCGCCCCUCGCCCCUGCUUCCCUUCCCAGUCAGCGCGGGUGGAAGGCCCUCAGCUCCGUAGAGCCGAGCAGCCCGCAGUGGGAGACAGUUCAGUUCUGCCCAUUCCUUUCCGAGAAGUAUGAUGUUUCUCCUUGUUCUUUGAUGAGAAGCAUUGUAUCAUGACAAGCCAAUUUUUCUUUUCUUUUCUUUUCUUUUUUUUUUAAUCCCAAAUGAAUUCAGACGCACACCGCCUGCUGCCUGGACCACCUGGAGGGGCAGGACAGAGGUCUGGUGGGCUUGGUGUUUGUGUUCUUUCCUCACUGUCCUCUGCCUCCCAGCCGCCUCUGGGUUUGCACGAGUCUCCGGGUACACCAGAGGUGCUGGAGACAGGAAGAGAAAUGCUUUCCCCCCGGAGACAGAGCACGGCCCGGGCUCCCUGUGACAGUCCUGAGGUGGACUUGGGACCAGUGUCUUUGCCUUUGGCUCUUGGGCUCAUCUUCCCGGUCCUUAGUGAGCACAUCGGUACCAGAGCCCACUCGGUACCCGGCAGAGCGCCGGCCUCUGCCCCGUUCCCAGCUGCUUUCAGCCCUCGGCUGCCCGGGCGGGCUCACCUCUGCCCAGAGCCUGCUCAUUCCCGGCGUGGAAGGGCCUUGGGAGGAGGCCUGACCCUACAGGAUCCCAUCAGAGUUUGCCUGAGGGGAACCUUGGGGGGAGCUGUGAGCUGCCGGCAUGCCCGGUCUCCGAGGUCAUUUUUCUGUCCAGUGAGCGCUGGAUGUUGGUUAUCCAGAUUGCCGUCUGUAUGAAUUUAAAGCUGACUUUAAGAAUUUUUAGAACUGAACUUUUUUUUUUUCUUGUUUUUUUCCCCCCUGUGUGGACUUGCUUUGUUUGGCUGCUGAGUUGGAGAAGCACGGGCUUUUAAAAAAAAAAGAGCAAAGUUCUCCCAUUUUUCCUGCCUUUUCUGUCCUCUGUCCUCCCUGCCCUCCCUGCUCUCCCUGCCCUCCCUCCCCUCCCUCCCUUCCCUCCCUUCCCUCCCUCCCCCUCCUGGCCUUCCUUGUUUUCUGCCAGGCCAUUUUUCAUAUAUACAUCGAAGAUACCUCAGGUGUGGUAUCUGAUAAUAUCUGCCACUCCUCCAAGCUGAGGAACGGCCUUUUAUUUUUAAGAUGACUACAGACCUAUUUUUCGAUAUGCUUUCCGCACAACUUUGAGCGGCAACUUUUUACUCCCACGUCUUCCUGUGUCAGGGAGGCAGGCCACGUCCGCAGGCGAGUCUGCUGUUCUGUGUCCCCCCCGUGUGCCCCCAGCCCCUCACGAGCACUGUCUCCCUCCUGGUCUCGGGUGUGUGCAUGUUUGGACUUUGUCCUGGGUGGUUUAUAAAACUGGACCAUUCUGCCUUGCUGUGGGUCAUUGAUGAAAGCCUCGUUCUUUCCCCACCCCGCCCCCUGCCCCUCCUGUGACGGUUGGCUGUCGCUCGACCCCCUCACAGACUUAAAGAGGAGAAGCUGCCACCCCCCACCCCAAGGAUGGCGGGAUGCUGCUGGCUAGAUUCGGUGCCCUAGCCCCUUCUGGGAGAUCAGAUUUCUCGGGUGAAAGUGACAGCCAGUUGGCCCAGUAGAAAGCGUUUGGUGUUAUCUUUGGAACUAGGAGAAGAUCCUCUUUGUGGCUACAUUUUAGACCAAGGAUAUCCAAGGAACGUCGUCCUGUUUCCUGCUACAGAAUGUGAAUGGUUGGGAGCGAGAGACCUUCCGUGGUGUCCCAGGAAUGCACUGGGUCACCAGUGGUGGUGGGAAACCUUCCGUCUCAAGAGUUGAUGAUCAGAAAGUAUUUUUGUUCAGUUGCUUCAGCAUAUCCCUGUUCUGGUUUUCGUGAAACUCCACAUUCUGCUUUCCAGGCCCUUGUGCUGUACCUCGCAUCAGAACCUUGCUCGGGACAUUUGUGUCAGGGCGCACGAGUCUUUGGGGCUGAAGCUUGUGUUUCCUCCUUUAUAUCCCGUCCUUGAUCCCCUGUGCCCCUGACCCCCGCCCUGACAGCACACUACCCCAGACCCUCUUGGUCUCUGUCACCAAACGGGAGAAUUGGGAUGGCCCCACCAGACGCCAGGGAAGGGGCUGGGAACAUGCUGUCUGAGAUAGGAGCACAGCGAGGUUGUCCUUUUUGGAGUCCAUCUGGGGGUUCCCUCAAGUCAGGUCAUAUUUCUUGUUUUUCCUGGGCCACGUCGACUGUCAUGCAGCGUUACCCACCCUCUCCCCUCACUGUAAGGCUGGCGCAGUUCUGCAGAGGAUGGCACAGGUGGAUCGUUUUCAGGGCAGGUCAGAGUUCGCCGAAUGCCUUCUGGUUGUUUGAGAGAAAACCUCCAGAUAAAACCGAAGUGCAUGGAUGAGCCAUCUUGGCUGUCUCUUGGGCGGGGAACAACUUUACCAUUCCAUUGUAGAAUGAGCCCAUUCUUGGACUUUCUUGCGUUCAUCUGUGCUUUCCUUGCAGUGAGGAGAUGAUGUUUCUAUUCCUCGGGCACAGUUCAGCUUCACGAGGGUCCCUUCUCCCUGCAGAGCCCAGUGGUCCCAGCAGGGACGCGCUGGCCAUGGACCUGCCUUCUCUGCUCACUACUUCCUCAAGGUCAGUUUCAGUCACAUCUCUGCAGGAGCACAGGGUUAAAAAGGCAACUUCUAGUCCUGGGCUUCCAUGCUGAGGGUUUGUCCUACCUGUAGCCGUGAGGCUGAUGGCUCUCGAGCUCCCACAGACGCCAGUGUUGCCUGUCGGCUCCUGCCGAGUGCCACUUGGAACCAGCUCGGCUCUGUGGGGCGAGACCCUCCUGAGGCAGGGGGUCUGCUGUAGUGGGGGCUGGAGAAUCCACUUCUAAGCUCUACAUGGCUCUUGCUAAGAAGCCUCAGUUUCUCCCCGUGUGGGUUUCUCUCUGGGGCUGGUUGUCACCUUGGCAACUGGCCUCCUCCUGCAGGAGAGACGGAGUGAUGAGACGAUGAGGAGGGCACUUUGGCUCUGCCCAGGCCAGCGUGCCCCGCUGGCACCCAGCCCUUGGAGCAGCAUUAGAACUGGGGGCGCUGACCUAAGCCUUCCUGCCCUAGCAGGGGAGGGCCCCGCGCUGCGAGGGGCUGGUUUGAAGGAGAGGAUACCGUGCAGAGAACACUUGUGUCACUACUGAGAAUAAUCCAGAGACCUCGCCAGAUUGGGGGGAGCACACGGACACCGUCUCCUCCUGAAGCUGCUCAUGUGUUUUGGUGUUGCUGGAUGGCAACUUCCAGAAAUAUCUCUGUCCUCCUGAUUGCCCGUAGCUCAGGGAUGUGUCUCACUGUCUCAUUAACCUGCUGCCAGCUCAGCCCUCAAUUAGUAAAGGGAACUGGAGCUUGGAUCCCAGAAGCUGAGCUCCAAAAGCUCCCCUAGUUGGAGUCAGGGUUGUCCAGCAAGGGGAGUGAAGGUGACUUAGACAUGUGGUUCCUGAACUGUGACCGAGUAACCAUUCAGGGGUGGAGCCACGCACCUGUCCCUCCUACUCAAACUUGGGUCAGGCCAUCACUUAAGCCACUUUGUAGUAAAGUACCAAAUGUCCAUGGAUUAGGAAUAAUGUUUUGGGGGAGGGGCGGAGAGUGCAGUGGGGAAGCCUUUGCCUCUAGUGUAGCCGGCCCGGCACAUGCAGUCCCCUGCACCCCCCAGGAGUGGCUGCCCCUGAGCAGAGCCAAGAAGAGAGAUGGAAGGAGGCAGCAGGGAUCGCCUGAGGGCACCGGCAGAUGAAGCAGAAGCGAGGGACUCGCUUCCAGCGCCCUCAGGGUUACUCCUGUUUGCCUUCAGCUCUUGAGAGGACAGUGGUGCGUGGGCAUUAGCCUGCUGCCCUUUGGGUUGCGAGCCCUGGGGGAUUCUCACUUAUCUCCCCUUGUUGAGCAAUCUCCACCUUGGAUGCAGCUCCCUGGAGACGUGGGUUUCACCCCUCUGAGCUCACAGGUUGGUAAGUGUGUAGCGAGUGUCUGCUUGGAACCAAGGCCACUAGUGGAAGAAGCUGGUGUUGGCAGCAGUGCCGCCAUGGAGAGGGGGCUCCCCAGCUUCCCUUCAGCUGGCCCAGCCUCUCUGAGGGGUCUAGGUGAUGUUUAACCUGCCGUUUAACCUGCAGGACCCAGUCUGACUCCUGCCAUCUACCAAGUGGGGAGGUAGUGCUGGUUUUAGAGAAACAUUGUUUCUGGAGCAGAGAAAGGGCUUCAGGGCUGAGCCAUGCUUUGUAUUCAGGUGCCCACUGGGGCCAGGUGUGGCCCCCAAAUCAAAAAUAAGAGCCAUCUUUGGAAGGAUAGUGUUCUUUCCAAAGGAGACGGCCCCACCUCACGCUGCUUUGCAUCUCCUGGGAGCCGGGCUGGGACCUCCAGCUCUUAGUACUUAUUCCAGAGGGGCCUUACCUAUUCCACGGUUUUUCAGUUCCAUCCCUGACGCGCCUCGAUGCAGACUGAGGCUGGGUGGUGCUGGGCCAUGCUCACCCUCGGGCGCCCGCCCUCUGGAGGGAGUCGGCAUCUUUCUCUGGGCAGGCCCUGGUUGUUGGUUUAGGAUAAGUCUGAUGGGGACUCUGGGUGUCAGUGUGCACUGUGCCUGCAGUCCUGGCUGACGAUCGUGGGUGCCUCUGGGAAAUGCCCCCAGCUGAAGCCCCAUUCCCAGUGCGGAGAUGCCACGAUGCUUGAUAAUCAUUUGGCCACAUGGACCUUUUCCAGGGAGCUCUUGCCAGUGCUUGAAACCAAAAUCCCCCGAAACCUCAAACAUGGAGGAGCCCAUGAAUCUAGCUCAGAGUACUCGUACUUGCCCCAGUGUCUGCCCUCUUCCUCUCCAUGUCCGUCUGUUUUAGAAAUAGUGAAAAAGGAAAAAACAGCCCUGAUCAAGGGUGAUUUUUACUUGAAGCCCAGUGGGGUAGGGCAGGGGAUGGACACCAGAGAGAGGGCGAGUGUGUGCCGCUGGGCAGAGCUGGUGUCUAUCCACAUCGCUGGGUAGCCGUAGCCCGUGCCUUCCCUCCGUCUGACGGCGGAGCCCACUGCUGCCCCCGGCAGACCGGAAACAAGUGUCUUGGACAACGCCGAGGACACCCUCCAUGUCCAUCUUAAGCAUCUUUCAAAUAAAUAUUUUGUGUAUUUCAAA